CGCAAACGAAGAUCAUCAGCUCAAACUUAGGAUUGAAUCAGAAAUCAAAUCAGUUGAGUCUUUUCUUCAUUGCAUGCCGAUCAUUUCUCUAGAGUCGCGCUUUAGUUAAAUUCACAAAAUCGGUAACAUGAUGAUACUAAAUUGUAUCAUAAUAUGCGCCUGCAUAUUCACUUGCCGGGCACAAGACACUUCCUUGGACAACCUGAUCGCGGACAUCUUCAAAACAGAUGAGACGGAGUCUUCUACCGCGAAUCCAACUCCUAUUUCGCCUGUCCCUAAUCCUGUCACCGUCAAGCCAAAAGACUCAUCUCCAUUAACUCCCUCGGGCUCAGAAGUGUAUCAGUCCUGCGGUGAUCAAAAGGAAUGCGUGCCCCGAUGGCUGUGUGCCAAUGACACCAUCAACACCAGUGGCGAGGGUAUCAUUGAUAUUCGGAUCGACACAGGGUCACCGUGCAAAAACUAUUUGCAUUUAUGCUGUGACCUUCCCAACAAGCGGGACAAGCCCAUAUUCCCAGUUACGCCGGAAACCCCCGAAGGCUGCGGGUACACAAACCCGAACGGUGUUGGCUUUAAAAUUACCGGAGCUGUGAAUCAAGAGGCUGAGUUCGGGGAGUUUCCCUGGAUGCUGGCGAUUCUACGAGAAGAUGGCCCCCUCAACUUGUACGAAUGUGGAGGAGCUUUGAUAGCGCCAAAUGUUGUCCUAACUGCCGCCCAUUGUGUUCACAACAAGCAACCAAACACCAUUGUUGUGAGAGCUGGAGAGUGGGAUACUCAGACGAAGACAGAGAUCAUCGCCCAUGAGGACCGUUACGUUAAGGAAAUUGUAUACCAUGAGCAGUUUAACAAGGGCUCCCUGUAUAAUGACGUUGCUGUGCUGUUAUUGGAAAGUUCGUUUGAACUGCAGAUGAACAUUCAGCCAGUUUGUUUGCCCAAUGUACAAGACGUCUUCGAUUAUGACCGGUGCUAUGCCACUGGCUGGGGCAAGAACAAGUUCGGCAAGGAGGGAGAGUACCAGGUGAUCCUUAAGAAGGUCGACAUGCCCGUGGUGCCAGGAGAAACGUGCCAGACGAACUUGCGCGCCACCCGCCUCGGAAGGCAUUUCCUGUUGCAUGACAGCUUUAUCUGCGCCGGCGGGGAAAAGGAUAAGGAUACCUGUAAGGGCGAUGGCGGAUCUCCAUUGGUGUGCCCCAUUAAGGGCCAGAAGGGUCGCUAUAAGUCAGCUGGAAUUGUCGCCUGGGGAAUAGGAUGCGGAGAGGUUAACAUUCCAGGAGUGUACGCCAACGUGGCCAAGCUUCGUCCAUGGAUUGACUCGAAAUUGAAAAUAUGGGGAAUUGAUCCCAAAUAUUAUACGCCUUAAGAAUCAACAAAAAUUUUAAUAAGAUGAAUAAUAAUAAAAAAAAUUAAAACCACUUUUACUUCAAAAUAGUUAUCUCAAA